AUGACAGAUCCUAACUUUUCCUUCACGACUUCUCGCCUUAAGAUCUCCUACCUAGAUCCUUCAAACCCUGUUCACUGCUCUUUCCUCGUCUCUCUCUGGAACACACCCGAAUUCAUAACCAUGCUCGGCGGCAAACCAACCUCCAUAACCAACCCCUCAGCCGCAAAAGAACUAAUCGAGAACCGCUUUCUGGCCGAACAUGCCCGUAACGGGUAUGGCACAAAUUUCGUCUCGUUACUCUCAACCAACACCCCCAUCGGCACGGUCCAACUCAUGCGAGGAGAAGACUCCUCCGUACUAGCUCCCGAUAUUGGGUAUGCUGUACUCUCUGAAUAUAUGCGAAAGGGCUAUGCUGUUGAAGCUGCCAAAGGACUUAUCGAAUAUGUGGAUAGGGAGAAAGGUGUCAAAGCUGUAUUCGGGUUUUGUGAUGAAACGAAUGAGGCUAGUAUGGGUACGCUCAGGAGGUUGGGCAUGAGGUGGGAGGGUGUUAGAAAGGUUAAAAUGUUUGGAGAUAAAGAUACAGCGGUGUGGAGUUGGGGGAUGGAGAAGGUGGAGGAUUGGGGGUUGGAAGAAUGA